CGGCGGCAACUCCCGCGCCACUCGUCUUCUUCCACCUCUCUAGAACAAUGAAUAGCUCGAUGACGACGAGUCCUACGGCUCGAGCCUUCCUUCAUCUUCACUCUUUACCUUUCACUGUACGCUCGAGGCAGUCACCGGCAGGAGUAUGCCUAGCCUUGUGGCCGCCUUCUCCGUCUCGCAGGACUCGGCGCCUCGUCUGUAUGGCCGAACCUUACCUCAUUAGGAAAAUGGAGUCUGUUGAGAAGACAUGGAAGGAGUUGUCGGUGAAACUAGCUGACCCAGAUGUUGUUUCAAAUCAAUCUGAAUACCAAAAACUGGCACAGUCCAUGUCAGAGCUUGACGAGGUUGUAUCAGUCUAUAGAAGGUUCAAGGACUGUGAGAAGCAGUUACUAGAAAGCAAAGUUUUGGCGAAAGAGGCUGGAGAUGAUGAAGAUAUGGCUGAAAUGAUAGGAAGUGAAAUCAACUCCCUCUCUAAAGAAAUUGAGGAGCUUGAAAAACAACUUAAGGUGUUACUUCUUCCUUCCGAUCCUCUUGAUGCCAGAAACAUAUUGCUCGAAGUUAGAGCAGGAACUGGUGGCGAUGAAGCUGCAAUUUGGACUGGUGACCUUGUGCGGAUGUAUCAAAGGUACAGCGAGCGCAGUUCUUGGAAGUUUUCGAUGGUUUCAUGCUCAGAGGCUGAACAUGGUGGUUACAAGACAUGUGUGAUGGAGAUUAAAGGAAAUCGUGUCUAUAGCAAGCUCAAGUAUGAAUCAGGUGUUCAUCGAGUCCAGCGUGUUCCUCAAACAGAAACACAGGGUCGUGUACACACUUCUACAGCAACUGUAGCCAUCAUGCCAGAGGCUGAUGAAGUGGAAGUGGUGAUUGACCCAAAGGACAUUGAACUUACAUCUGCAAGAUCUGGCGGCGCUGGAGGGCAAAAUGUGAACAAGGUGGAGACGGCUAUAGAUCUAUUUCACAAACCAUCAGGUAUACGCAUUUUCUGUACAGAAGAAAGAACUCAGAUUAGGAACAAGGCUCGUGCCUUCCAGCUUCUGCGAGCAAAACUGUAUGAAAUAAAAGUAAGGGAACAACAAGAGAAGAUAAGGAAUGAAAGGAAAUCUCAGGUUGGGACUGGAGCUCGUUCAGAAAAGAUAAGAACAUACAAUUAUAAGGACAGUAGAGUGACUGAUCAUAGGCUAAAGAUGAACUUUGCGCUUACAACAUUUCUUGACGGUGCCUUAGAGGAUGCAGUGCAGGCUUGUGCUGCUUUGGAGCAAAAGGAACUCAUGGAAGAACUCUCCGAUUCUGUAGCUGCUUCUUCUGCUACUUAUGGAUAAAUCCUGGAACUACACUCAAAUGAAAACUUUGUACACACACUAUAAUUAAUAUUUUUAAUCAUUUUUAUAUGUAACAUAUGAAUGAUUCUAUGAGCAAAUAGUAGUAUCGGUGGGCAUA